CCUACUUCUUUUCCCUUCUAUCUCACACUCUCCCACUCACAUCCCAUCAAAGCAACAGAAAAAAGCAUGGUGCACACUGUAGAACAACAAGCCGUCGAUACGAUCCGUGUCUUGGCUGCGGAUAUGACGCGUGGUGCCAACUCGGGUCAUCCUGGUGCACCCAUGGGUUGUGCUCCUAUGGCCAAUGUCUUGUAUACAAAGCAUUUGAACGUGAACCCAAAGAACCCAAAGUUCAUCAAUCGCGAUCGAUUCGUGUUGUCCAAUGGCCAUGGUUGUGCUCUUCAAUACAUCCUUUUGCACCUUAUGGGAUUUGACGUGACUUUGGAUGAUCUCAAGAACUUCCGUCAGGUCGGUAGCAAGACGCCUGGCCAUCCCGAGGCCACCGAUACUCCUGGCUUGGAAGUUACUACUGGUCCACUUGGUCAAGGUAUUUCAAAUGCCGUCGGUCUCGCUGCUGCGCAAGAACACCUUGCUGCCAAGUACAAUCGCCCCAACUUUGAUAUCUUUAGCAACUAUACCUACGUAAUCCUUGGUGAUGGUUGUCUCCAAGAAGGUGUUGCCCUUGAAGCCAUCUCUCUUGCUGGUCACUGGAAGCUGGGCAAGUUGAUUUGUUUGUAUGACUCCAACAAGAUAACCAUUGAUGGUCAGACAAAUAUCUCGUUCACUGAGGAUGUACGAAAGCGCUUCGAAUCUUGUGGAUGGCAUACUUCGGCCGUUGCAGAUGGUAAUAGUGAUCAAGAAGGUAUCGCAAAGGCCAUUGAAGAAGCCAAAGCUGUCACUGACAAACCCUCGUUGAUCGAGAUCUCCACCACCAUCGGUUAUGGCUCGCUUAUUCAAGAUACAUCCAAGGCCCACGGGUCUCCCUUGUCAGCUGAUGACAUUAAGCAACUCAAGGAAAAGUUUGGUUUCAAUCCAGAAGAGAAAUACGCAGUACCCCAAUCGGUUUACGAUUUGUAUGCUCAACGCACCAAGCACGGUGAAGAGUAUGAGGGUGCCUGGAACACUUUGUUUCAAAAGUACAGUCAAGAAUAUCCUGCCGAAGCUGCAGAAAUCAAGCGACGCUUCGCUGGUGAUCUGCCUGAGGGCUGGGAAAACGCGCUUCCUCGAUUCACACCUAGCGAUCCUGCGGUGGCAUCCCGCAAGGCAUCCGAAAUCGUACUGAACGCUUUGGCUGCCGCCAUCCCUGACUUUAUGAGUGGAUCUGCCGAUCUCAGCUCUUCCAACCUGGUCCGCUGGAAGACUGCUUCUCCUUUCCAAAACCCAUCCACGGGCCUUGGCGAUUAUAAGGGACAGUAUCUGUUCUAUGGUGUACGUGAGCACGGUAUGUUUGCAGUCAUGAACGGUAUGGCUUGCUACGGAGGUAUUAUUCCAAUCGGUUCCACCUUCCUCAACUUUUUGACAUACGGCUGGGGUGCUGUUCGUCUUUCCGCCCUGACUCACUUGCGGGUUCUCUAUGUCAUGACCCACGAUUCUAUCGGCCUUGGCGAAGACGGUCCUACGCAUCAGCCAAUUGAGACUCUUGCUCUUACCCGCGCCACUCCUAACUUGCUGACGUUCCGUCCUGCUGACGCGAACGAAGUUGCGGGUACAUACAAAGUUGCAUUAAGUGCCCGCCAUCGACCCUCUGUUUUGGCACUCUCCCGCCAGGCCUUGCCCAAUUUAGAAGGAUCCUCCCUGGAAGCUGUUUCCAAAGGCGCAUAUGUAUUGCAAGACCAACCCAACGCAAAGGUCAUCAUCACUGCCACCGGUUCCGAGGUAUCUCUUGCUGUUGAAGCAGCCAAUGUCUUGAACGGCCAAGGUGUUCCCACGCGUGUUGUGUCGAUGCCUUGCACAGAGCUGUAUGAUGAGCAGCCUGCCGAGUACAAGAAGUCUGUCUUUACAACAGGAACACCUGUGGUUUCUGUCGAGGCACUUGGCGUGAUUGGUUGGGAGCGUUAUGCACAUGCCUUUGUUGGCAUGACUGAUGGUCAAGGAAACAAUGUGUUUGGCGCUUCUGGCCCGAUUCAGGACUUGUACAAGAAGUUUAACAUCACAACGGAUGUCGUGGUCAAAAAGGCACAGGAUACUGUUGCCCACUUUGCAAAGCUUGGCUAUGUUCCUGAACUUGGUGUCACCAUUUGAAGGGAAAACCCCCAAGCAACACCUUCCCCUCCCAGC